UCCACUUUUAAGAAGCGGUUGCAAGAGUCAGUCCAACUACUUCAAGACUAUCAGAAAGGCGUUGCGAAAGCCACCGAUCAGGAACUAUGGCGAGCUCAAAAAAUCAAGCAAGCAAUUUUGCAUCCAGACACCGGUGAAAAGGUUCUGCCGCCAUUCCGAAUGAGUGGAUUUGUACCGUUCGGUUGGAUUACGGUGACAGGUAUGCUUUUGCCGAAUCCCUCUUGGCCUACACUUUUAUUCUGGCAAUGGAUGAAUCAGUCUCACAACGCAUGCGUUAACUAUGCGAACAGGAACGCAACUCAGCCACAGCCACUUUCCACUUAUCUAGGAGCCUAUGGAGCUGCGGUCACAGCAGCUUGUUCAAUUUCAGCAGGUUUGACGUAUUUUUUGAAAAAAUCAACGUCUUUACCUCCUACCACUCGGAUGAUCGUUCAG